CGCGGCGCUGCGCCAGAGGAGCCCGCAGCGGCCGGGAGAGGAGCCGGGCGCGCGAUGGCACUGGGAACCGCGCGCCCUUCGCCGACAGUCCUGCGGGCGGCCCGGGAGGCCAAGAUGUCCGGACUAGAAGCCUGCACUGUUUUGAGAGGGAGAUGACUUAAGUGGCCAGCUUUUUAUCUCCACAACGAUGUCUAUGAACAAUUCCAAACAGCCAGUGUCUCCUGAAGCUGGGCUCCUUUCAAAUACAACUUGCCAGACGGAAAACCGGGUUUCAGUAUUUUUUUCAGUAAUCUUCAUGACAGUGGGAAUCUUAUCAAACAGCCUUGCCAUUGCUAUUCUCAUGAAGGCCUAUCAGAGAUUUAGACAGAAGUCCAAGGCAUCAUUUCUGCUUUUCGCUAGUGCCCUGGUAAUCACAGACUUCUUUGGCCACCUCAUCAAUGGAGCUAUAGCAGUCUUUGUAUAUGCUUCUGAUAAAGAGUGGAUCCGCUUUGACCAGUCGAACAUCCUUUGCAGUAUUUUUGGUAUCUGCAUGGUAUUCUCUGGUCUGUGCCCACUUUUUCUAGGCAGCGUGAUGGCCAUUGAGCGAUGUAUUGGAGUCACCAAACCAAUAUUUCAUUCAACGAAAAUUACAUCCAAACAUGUGAAAAUGAUGUUGAGUGGAGUGUGCUUGUUUGCUGUUUUCAUAGCUUUGCUACCCAUCCUUGGGCAUCGAAACUAUAAAAUCCAAGCAUCGAAGACCUGGUGUUUCUACAAAACAGAACACGUCAAAGACUGGGAAGAUAGGUUUUAUCUUCUACUCUUUUCUUUUCUGGGGCUCUUAGCCCUUGGCGUUUCAUUCCUGUGCAAUGCCAUCACGGGAAUUACACUUUUAAGAGUUAAAUUUAAAAGUCAGCAGCACAGACAAGGCAGGUCUCAUCAUUUUGAAAUGGUCAUCCAGCUCCUGGCUAUAAUGUGUGUCUCCUGCAUUUGCUGGAGUCCAUUUCUGGUGACAAUGGCCAACAUUGGAAUAAAUGGAAAUCAUUCUCUGGAGACUUGUGAAACCACGCUUUUUGCUCUUCGAAUGGCAACGUGGAAUCAAAUUUUAGAUCCCUGGGUGUAUAUUCUGCUACGGAAGGCAGUCCUUAGGAACCUCUACAAACUCGCCAGACGCUGCUGUGGAGUGCAUAUCAUCAGCCUGCAUGUUUGGGAGCUCAGCUCCAUUAAAAAUUCCUUAAAGGUUGCUGCUAUUUCUGAGUCACCAGUUGCAGAGAAAACAAAUCAGCGAGCACCUAGUUUAAUAGAACAGUAAGUCAGUGUAGGUCUAAGACAAAAUUAAAAGCGUCGUCAGUAUUUAGUUAAUUGGCUAGAAAUAGAAAGCCUAACAGGGAAAUUCAGACCUCAGCAGUUAGUUUGGGGGCACUUUUGUCAGACUCGGCUUUUGAAAUUUGUUAAAUUAACUGUAUAAUUACAUCUUUUCACUUGUUUUUGUCAACUGGAGGUAAACACGAUGGGAUAAUUCCAUGGGAGAGUCAAAUUGAAAAAAAAAAUUGAGCUUAUUUAUGUUAUUUACACUUUUGGAAUGAGUGACUGUGUUGAAACCUAAAGCAUUGACUCAGCCUAUCUGACAAAGAACAUCUCAAUACUUACCUUCACAGUGAAAUGGCUGAUUUGGGGGUCACUGCUCUGCAACUGUUCCUUAUAAACGAGGCUCAAUGAAGGGGAGCACCCUCACUGUUUGAUCUGGUCUGUUACACCCCUCAUUAUGUUGCUUCUAUCUAUAUAUGUAUGGUCAUGUCACAUGGGAGUCACUGUGGCUUAUAGUUAUAAUGACCUCUCUUACACCAGGUGUGGCUGUCAGGUUGCCUGACUUGGCGAGCCUCUAUAGAAUGAGCCUAUCCUUGUCAUUUUGACAAACAUGACUGCUUGCAUGUUUUACUAUGGAGGUAAAUUGUUGUUUGAAGGUUUUUGUUUUGUUUUGUUUUUUGUUUUCUGGGUUUUUUUUUUUUUUUGGCAAGCUAUAGAUUUGCACGGUUUUCAAGCAAUCUCCUUUUUCUCUGAAAAUUCUAGUGCACAGUAAGUAGUUUUUAGAGAAACAAAGGCUCUAUGUCAGCACAUAAACAGGUAAUUUGCAGUGUAGCAGAUCCUAAGAAACUCUGCCCAGUGAUAGGUACAAAGAAUGUUGGCAAAGGAGCUCUACUUUGAGCUCUCAUUUUUGUAUCAGAGAACAAAAGAAACACAAUGUAUAUAUAAUAUUCAAAGACUAUCUGUAGCUUACUUGUGCUUUCUACACACACACACACACACACACACAAGCAUAUGAGAAAUUUCUGUUGAAAGCUGGUUCAUUAAAUCUCUAAGAUGGCAUCUUUAAAGCCUGUGCUACCUGUGUCAAGGGGAAAUUGGCAAUUAGUCAGGCAUUUGGAAAUCAUUAUUAUGGUUGACCAAGAGAUCAGGGGAUGAUGAUCUCUCCCCAAAUUUCCCAGUAAUACUUUAGACUUCUUUGCUUGUUUGUAUAAUUCAACCCCCCAAAUUUUAGUAAUCAUUCAAAAUGUCCUGGGGCCAUCAGAACAUAGGGUAGACAGUUCUGUUUCAUAGUAAGGAAAUGUAUUUCUGUAAAAGAAUUUUUUGCCUUCAUUAACUGUGGUCCAUUUUAAAACUAACCUUCUCUGUGAGACUGAUUUCACAUUCCCCAGGAAAUCUGUGUGGUUCAGCUAGACUUAAAUUAUUAUAUUCACAAGUUUUUGCUUUUGGCUGGUAAUUUACAUUGGAAGUUGUUAGCUUUUGUGAAUUUUGGUAAAUUCUUAUGAACAAAUUAAAAGAAAUGAAGCAAAUAGUCUCAUUAAAGGUUUAAAGGAAACUACUUUUUCCAGUGAAUUCAAAGAAAGGAAACACGCUCCCCAACACACACAAAAAGGCACAUGAUAUUCUUUGUUUAAGACCAGUAAAUGAUGGGUAACACAAAGGUUAUUCUUAUAUAUAGAACACAUAGAACAUGCUCAGUAAAUACUUGUCAGUUGAAUUGCAGACAAGAAUUUUUUGAUGCAAAAUAAGCAUGGAAUUGCAAAGUUUUUGUGCAUUUUGUUUCAAAUGACAGUUACAUAUUGGUUAUUUUGAUAUAUAUAUAUAAUUUAUAUAUAUAUAUAAUUUAUAUAUAUAUAUAUAAUUUAAAUAUAUAUAUAUAUUUAAAUAUCCAGUGUAUAUACUUUAAAAAAGCCAUUGCAAUUUUUGAUUGAUUACAUUACAUGAAUGUUCUCGUGUUUCAAGAGCACUUAAAGCCUGGAACUUUUAGAUGGUUUAGAGGAGACAUUUGUUUCCCAUAGCUACUUAAGAGAAUGUUGGUUUCCUGGGAACUGAGGCACGAGGAAGCAAAAUUUCAUCCUUCCUCCUCAUGCUGGAUAGGAUGCUGUAGCAAACACUUCCAUGUGUUGUGACUCAGGAUUCCAGGCCUCUUCUCCUUAAGGCUUCUAAGUAAAUGGCAUAAUGGUUGCUCUAUUGCCAUGAUGUAACCCUGGCCAUGUGUAUCUGUAUUGAAGAGAAUUUGUGACAUUACCAUAUGUGGGAAUGCAUGGGUGUGGAAGGUGUUAGGGAAUGACAGGUGAGUCACUCUCUGCAUAUCCUGGAAGGAUUAUGUGUAUUAUCUGAGUGUAGGUUUAGGGCAACUAAGUUGGUUUUAUAAUGAUGUUAAACCCAAGAAAUAGACACCAAAAACUGAAAAAGAAAUAAAAUAAAAGAAUAUGCAUUUACAUUGUUUUAGGCUUUUUGUUCAAGGAAAAUGAAAUAAAGUGAACACGAUAAUAUGCAUAUAUCUGAUUUCAGAAUUUUAUCCCUGUUAUUAUAUAUAUUUCAGUGUAGUUUGGCAUCCUAAGUUGAAUAAUAGAAUGUAGCAUCCAUCGAUAACUUUCAUAUAAAUGUUUAAUGUGAAAGUACAUUUAUUAAGAUGAGUGGAAAUAAAUAGCACAAAUAGUGGUCAAAAGGUUAACCAAUUUUGAAAUUUUAAGCUCUGUUUAAAACUUAUAAAAUGUAUAACUUAAAAAUGUAUAAUUAGAUUACCAGAAUAACUGACUUUCCCUUCUUAUUGGGUAAAGUAGUAUCGAAGCAACUUCACAUAAUAUUUGAUCUUAUUAUUUCUGGGAAAUUAUUUUAUUCUGGGAAAAUGGCUUGCAAAUGACAGGCUUUUUCUUUUUUUAGUGACUUUAAAAAAUGAGCCAAAAAAGCCAAUGGCAUGUGGGUUUUUAUGAUUAUGAUACAAAGACAGAUAAUACUCACUCAUAAUUAGUUGUAGGUGCAUCUCAACGCAUCACACGUUUUACUGAGGCUUUAACUAGGUGACAGAAAUUUCUAAAUUUUUUCCUAAAGGCCAAAAGUUGCUUCUACUUGUUUGUAUUGCUGAAGUGCAAUACAGUCUGUAUUGCUGAAGUUAACCCAAAAGCUAACACAUGUGUGCGUGCAUACACGUGUGUGCGCGUGUGCACACACACACACACACACACACACACACGUCUUAUGGAAUAAAUGGUCUUGUUUGCUCAUUUUCAGUCUGCAAAAGAAAAAGCUGCUUUAGUAUUGUGUCUGUUCUGAAUUUAGAACCCAGAUAAGAGCACCUGCUAAAUACAUAGACGAACUUUUUAUGAAACCUGCUGCUAGUUUCACCUGUAUUGCCAUCAUUGCUCCAAAUUAAUAAACUAAGGUCAGAAGAUGAAGGAUGGGAAUGGACAUUUUCUUGCUUCUUCAGCUGGUGUCAGAAUAUUUUACCACCUGGUAAAUAAUGUUGGACUUCAACUUGUUACUGAUGCAUUUUAACAGUAGACGCAACGUGUGAUGUGAAUAAAUAUAUUUUGUGUUCUUCAUAUGUGCUGCACUGUAUGAGAUUAAACAUGUGUAUAUUUUGUUGCUUGUAUCAGUAUGCAACUCAUGUAAUUUUAGUGUUUUAGCUUAAAACUUCAAACAAAUGAUUUAUAAUAAACUUGGACUAGUGUUUAUCAAGAA